GAAACAUUCAUCCAGACUCACUCUACGUGUUUCUGUCUGUGCGUUUGACUUUGAUUCAACGUUGCCCGCGCUUAUCUAUAUAUUAUGUCCGUACAUAUAGCUAUACCUACAUAAAUUUUCAUUGCGCUAAUGUUCUAACCGCACCUUGUCGCGCAUCCGUUGUUAUUAUAGUAUCCACUUGUGUGUUAUGACUGCAAUUUAAUCGCGGACAAUUAAGUAUUUCUGUGUGACAUCGCUUGUUUUGUCAAGAACUACAAUUGGUGCGUGGAUCUCACCUAUUACCGAGGGAACAGUUAACAAACUAACGAAAUUUAAUGGAGAGACUAGUUAUGUCGGCUCAAUCGUCGUCUUCGCAAACUGAGACUGUCGUCGAUGGCGAGACACAGGAGUGUCAAACACUAAGAUUAUGUCUUAAAAAACCAAAAUCAGACAAAAAAGUCAAAUGGACACAAGGCACCGUAGAUAAUGAACACAUGAACAAAAAAAAAUCAAAGUGCUGUUGCAUCUAUGAAAAACCUAAAAAGUUUGGUGAGAGCAGCUCAGAAGAUAGCGAUGAUGAAUGUGAACAUUGUCAUGGAAGUAAAGAUGCACAUAAAAAACCAACUCAUAAUUCAGACGAACCUCCUAGUGAAACAAUUUCAUCGCAUCCAGAACCUAUUUCUACAGGAGGUUCAGCUUAAAAUUGGGAAACUGCUGUUAAAAUUCUAACUCAAUGUCUGUGUUUGAGAAACAAAACCUAAUUGUUAAUUUGAAGGCAAGUGUGUUUGACUGUGAUUUAUAUAAGUGCAUACAUAAAGAUCUAUAUGUAAAUAUAUGUAUUUGUAUACACAUGUAUACACACAUGUAUGUUUAAAAUUGUUCAUUUAUGCGUAGAAAAUAAUUUAUUUCAUUAAACAGUGAAGCAUAAUUAUGUUUUCUUAUCCAUUA